GAAGUGGCUGCCUGGUUGGUGGUUGGUGACUGGGUGCUGGUGGCUGUUGGUUUCAUUGGCAAUUUGCAUAUUCACGCUGUGGAUAAAAAUCAAAACAGUGGGUGCCGUGGCUGCCACAGCGGCAAGAGGCGAGCUACACACACAGACAGCCAAACGGCAGCGGGCGAGAUGCAAUGACAGCGACAACCAGCAACCAGCAACGGCAGCAACUGCGACAAGCGACAGGAGGACAAACGCCAAGGCAAUCGAUGAAUGGGACAGAGAAAUGCAAAAUGUGCCUGCUGGGCAUGAAACCAUGAAACCGAGACCCGAACGCGAGGCUCGAGCUGAAAUCGCGGCCAAACAAAUUCAAAAAUGUUUGGUGAAUUUCAAUUGCUGACAAAUUGCGAAAGCGCCAGCGAUGCCAGGAAGCGAAAGGAAAUGCGCCGCAGGACAGGUUCCCAAACAGCGAGGAUGCGGCUUCGAUAAUAUUAUUAGUACCGCUCAACAAUUGCCGCAGACAGGACAGCGCAGGACAGCAGAGGGCAGGAGCCUGGAACUAGGGGGCAGAGAGACAGAGAGCACUUCCAUGGAGUCAUUCACAGCGACCAGCCGUACAUAUUUUAAUAAUAUUCACCAAAGUUAUGAAUUCUGUACGCCAACAAGGAAGGCAAUGAUGAAGUUCCUGCUGCCGUUGAUGAUGACGAUAAGUGGCAGCAAUACGUUCGCCCGAAAUGAUAAACUUUCGAAUUCUGAAGUGGUUCGUUGGCCCUAUGCUAAUUAUUAUUGUAUGGCUGGUCUGGCGGGACUGACGGGAUUCGCAACGCAUCACUGCCGGCCACGAUUUUAUCUAAGCUGAUAAGGAAAUUGCUUAGAAUUCGUAAUGGAGCGGCUGCUAAAUGGAGCAGAAGUUAUAGCCUGGCUUAGGGCUCGGAGGUGUUAAGCUGCUGAUGGAUAUUUGAGUUGACCCGGGCCAGCAAGCGGUCUGAGGUCAGGUAGCUCAGUUGACAAUUUGGCGCCAUGAGGAGCCCGGCACGUGUUAGCCCUGCUGCAUAUUUCAAAUUGAUCAGCCAUUGAUUUCGUGCCCCAGACUGUAUUAAUGGACAAUUGAGGCGAACUGGCGGAAUGGGUCUGCGUUUGUUUGGGAAUUGAAUAAUGUUAAUCGAAUCUUUCACUUUAUCGUUUUUAUUGUGCCUAUUCUGAAGAAUUUGUA